AUGUUCCGAUCUUUUGUUGCCUUGGGGUUCACUAUCGGCCUGCUGGCCAUGCCAGGAGCUGCCGUUACGGUAGACAAUGCCUUCAAUAUCUAUACUGGUACUGGUACUGGUAGCUGCGCCAGUCGAUUGUCAACGCUUACGAACCUGUGGAAGGAUACAAAUACCUUGGUUGCUGGUCUUGCUACUGCGUAUAAGACUGCGGUGGGCACGGAGGCGACCGAGGAUCGAGUGGUCGCCCAGAAGCUCUUUACGGCAUGGAUGGGAGUCCAAUUUGAUAACUCUGGUGACGCCCCGGCACCUAUAGGAGAGUGGAGUGGGACUUACAUGGCGGCUUUCAAAGAAAACUUCGAUGUGCUGGAACAAUUCGUGGCCAGUGGAGAGUAUCCGUCUUGGAAGACUCCGCCUAAAUUAUUUUGUGACAACUUUGGAGACUGGUUUGACUGGACAGAUCAGGCAUUAGACGCUUCAGGAAAGCCCGUGGAAUUGAACGGAGUCGCUCUAACUAUUGAAGACAUGUUUGAGCAGGUAAGGGAACAGGAUGGAUAUGAUGCUCACCGCCCAUACUGGGUUUCCGACCUGGGUGUCUAUGUCUUCCCACGGCCAACAUCGACCGGCGAUUUGUGCGGGCAGAGUUCAGGCAGUAAGACUCUUCAGGGGGUGAGCAUUCCUGGCUACUGGCAGGGAUACUACCAGGCUACUGUCAACGGAGAGACGGAAACCAUCGAAUACGACGACCUGGCGGACAUUGUGCUGCUAUGUCCCGACUCCUUUGAUAGUAAAGUCCCGUGGCAGUACGAAACCCUAGCCGACCUGUCAAAACUCAGUAUAGGGGAAAAAGUGCCUCUGUAUGAUGUGAUGCCUCGGAGUAGCACCUUAUUCCACGAACUGUGGCACCUGAUGACUUUCUGGAUGGGGAAGAUAUACGAUGAACCCAUAACUGGCCGCCUUACCGAUCACAAGUAUCUGGUUCAAGAUUGUAUUGUACUUGCGGCUGGUUGGUACAGCAAUAUGCAUCCCAUUCAGAAUGUGGAAAACUACGUGUAUCUGGCAAUAACUUGGUGGUUUUGGGUCGAAAAAAGGGUUGCCUUUUACGACGGCAGGCCUCGUGCCUGGAAUUGGGACUCCGAAGAGGAGGACUAUUAG